CGAUUGAUGCUCAUACCCGCCGGCCCCGCCCCAAGUCUCGCGGGAAGUGACGUCAUCGAGCUCGGGAGGGGGAAGCGUUGGUUUCCGGGUUGGCGGGGGUUGCUCAGGAGCCUGGCGCAGUAUGGAGCGGCCCCCGGUGGGCGCGGCGCUGCGGGGACACCCCGGAGGCAGCUGCGGCCCCUGGGAAAUGCGGGAGCGGCUGGGAACUGGCGGCUUCGGCAACGUCUGUCUGUACCAGCACCAGGUGCGGGGGGGCCUCCAGUAGCCACCCGGGAUUCAGGUGAUAAGAUAGCUAUUAAAUCUUGCCGACUGGAACUAAGCAUGAAAAACAAAGACCGGUGGUGCCAUGAAAUCCAGAUCAUGAAGAAGUUAAACAACCCCUGUGUAGUAAAGGCCUGUGAUGUUCCAGAGGAGAUGAACUUCCUAGUUAAUGAUGUCCCUCUUCUUGCAAUGGAGUACUGUUCAGGAGGUGAUCUCAGGAAGCUGUUAAACAAACCAGAAAAUUGCUGUGGACUUAAGGAAAGUCAAAUACUUUCUCUGCUUUGCGACAUUGGGUCUGGUAUCCAGUAUUUGCAUGAAAACAGAAUUAUACACAGAGAUCUAAAGCCUGAAAAUAUUGUUCUCCAGGAGGAGGGUGGAAAGACUGUUCACAAAAUAAUAGAUUUGGGAUAUGCCAAGGAUCUGGAUCAGGGAAGCUUAUGUACAUCAUUUGUUGGGACCUUACAAUAUUUGGCCCCAGAACUCUUUGAGAGUAAGUCCUACACUGUUACUGUAGAUUACUGGAGCUUUGGAACAAUGGUGUUCGAGUGUAUUGCAGGAUUUAGACCCUUUUUACACAAUCUACAGCCAUUUACCUGGCAUGAAAAAAUCAAGAAAAAGGAUCCAAAGCACAUUUUUGCUUUUGAAGAGAUGACUGGGGAGGUUCGGUUUAGUACCCAUUUGCCACAGCCUAACAGUCUUUGUAGUAUAAUUGUAGAACCAAUGGAGAGUUGGUUACAACUGAUGCUGAAUUGGGAUCCACAGCAGAGGGGUGGAGGUAUAGACACAGAAACCAGUCGACCGAGAUGUUUCCUGUUAAUGGAUUAUAUACUGAAUUUGAAGAUAGUACACAUCCUAAAUAUGACUUCUGCCAAGAUUGUUUCUUUUCUCUUGAAUCCUGAGGAAAGUCUUCAUUCACUUCAGUCUCGUAUUGAGCUUGAUACUGGAAUAAGUACUGGAAAUCAAGAGUUGCUUUUGGAGAUGGGAAUUUCCCUAGACCCUCGGAAACCUGCUUCCCAAUGUGUUAUUGAUGGUGUGAGAGGCUGGGACAGUUACAUGGUUUAUUUGUUUGAUAAAAGCAAAACUGUGUAUGAAGGACCCUUUGCUUCCAGAAGUCUGUCUGACUGUGUAAAUUACAUUGUACAAGACAGCAAAAUCCAGUUGCCAAUUUCACAGCUGCGUAAAGUGUGGGCAGAAGCCGUGCACUAUGUGACUGGGCUAAAAGAAGAUUACAGCCGGCUAUUCCAAGGGCAGAGAGCUGCAAUGUUGAGUCUUCUUCGAUAUAAUGCCAACUUAACCAAGAUGAAAAACAAUAUGGUGUCCGCAUCUCAGCAACUGAAAGCAAAGCUGGAAUUCUUUCAUCAGAGUAUUCAUCUUGAUCUGGAGAGAUACAGUGACCAGAUGGCUUAUGGAAUAUCCUCAGAAAAGAUGCUCAAAGCCUGGAAGGAAAUGGAAGUAAAGGCCAUCCAGUGUGCUGAGGCUGGAGAUAUUGGAUACCUAGACGAACAGAUUAUGGCUCUGCACACAGAGAUUGUGGAACUGCAGAGGAGUCCAUAUGCAAGGCGCCAGGGAGAUGUCAUGGAGAGUCUUGAACAAAAAGCCAUAGAACUAUACAAGCAAUUAAAACCAAGACCUCCAGAUCACGCCUACAGUGACAGCACUGACAUGGUGAAGAUUAUUGUGCAGACUGUUCAGAGCCAGGAUCGAGUUCUCAAGGAGCUCUUUGGACACCUUAGCAAGCUGUUAGGCUGUAAACAGAAGAUUAUUGAUUUACUUCCAAAGAUUGAAGUGGCUCUGAAUAACAUUAAGGAGGCUGACAGUUCGGUGAUGCAGAUGCAGGGAAAAAGGCAGAGGGAGAUCUGGCAUUUGCUGAAAAUUGCUUGUACUCAGAGUUCUGCUCGAUCUCUUGUGAGUUCCAGCAUCGAAAGUGCAGCCCCCUCUUCAACUGCUACAUGGCUCCCUCCAAACUCCUCUGGCAACAUACUCCAUCCCCUCUCUUCUAUGACAGCUCCUAGAGAUGGGGAAGUUUUUGCCCGUGUGAUAGAAGAGAAUCUGAACUAUCUGGACUGCUUUAGCACUAUCAUUCAAGAGGCAAAACAGGAGCAGAACAGCAGCAUGAUGAAUCUUGAUUGGAGUUGGCUGAAAUAAUUAAGGAAGACAAGCGGGCAUUGUUGCCAUCCCCAAUAUGUCCAUGUGCUCAAGGUUGGCUGGCAGUCUGCGAUGAGAUGAAACAGCCCAGUAUCAAUGUAAUGGUGUUGAUUCCACACUCUGCUGAUUCAGGACUGAAUAAUCUUCUCUCCCACUGCAUCCGGAUGACAGUUCUGCAAGAGGCAUUUUGUGUUUUGUAGAUGUUAGCGGACUUGAUUAUAAAGUACAUGGGCAGCAACAGAGACCCUGGCUUGUAUGUUUUGCUGCUAGAGGCAAAUGUUUUCCAACCUGCUGCCUCAUGUCAGGGCUUUUAAAUCCAUAUUGAGCUACCUAAAGAAGUAGCCUGAUUUUCAGAGAUGCUGAGUGAUCCUGGCUCCCACUACAUCCCUGAGCACUGCAAAUGCUCAGCACAUUUGAAAAUUACACCCUUUAUAUUUAGAAGCUUUUUAGGCACCUGGGUUUGGUUUGAAAAUGUUUGCGAUGGCCAGUCUUUCUAGCACUAUGACCUGUUCAUGCAGUCAGUGCCUGGAAGGCAGCUGUUGCUCUGACUGAUGAGCUGAGAUCAGGGCACUAUUUGAGAUGUUCUAUCUAUGGAGAACCUUUCCUGGAAGGAGGUACUCUGCCUCAGCAUUUGUUGUUAAUUUGUUUGGUGCUAGAGCAGCUGUGAGCUCUAGGGGAAGCAGAGGGAGCAGGUAUCAGGGAGGCGUUUUCCUCAUUUCGUCUGAGUAGGGAGAAGGCAGGGAGUAUCUUCUAGGUGCAGACAGAUCUCUGCUUUAAGUGGACAAGAUGCACAGUACAGGCUAUAGCAGUACCUGCAGUGUCCUGCUGGGGUGCUGGGCUACUGCACCUUCUUCUCCUGGGGCAGGCAUCUCGUAUUCACAAUCCCUGUAACAUUUUGUUUUCUGUUGCAAAAUGACAUAUUACUUAUGUUGUCUUGCACCCCAACCCCACAAAAUCCCAACCAUCUGAGCCUUGGUCUGGGGAAUGCAGUUUCUGAUGGAUGAAAGAAAAACACUACAGCCAUGGCUUUCCACCUGUGCUGUGCAUUCUUGUCCACUGAGAAGCAGUUUUGACAGAUGUUUUUUACUGAUCAGGAAAUGCUCCCCAAUUCCAAACAGACAGAAUUUUAUAUCCACUGGCUACUUAAAAUAUUUAAGAAUUCUAUUUGUUAAUUUGUGAUAAAUAUUAUAUUAUGUAGAACCUCUUUGUGAUUCUUAUUCUGUUCCAGAUUUGUGUCAUUUUAAAGAUGCUACCCUCAAAUGGUCUGACUUGCUCAUGUUCUGUUUGGGCAGGAUGCAGGAGGGGAAAGGUAACAGACUACCUCGACUUCAGUUUAUGGCAAGAUUUUCAAAAAUGGCUAGUGAUUUUGGAUGUGCAACCCAACCUCUUUAACAGGGCAGGUGCUCAGCACUUUCUGAAAAUCACACCCUUUUAUGAUGUCUUAAGUUGGGUACUUGAAAGCAUCAGCUGUUUUUGAAAAUCUUGAUCCAUGCUUGUCUCCCUCCAUUACUGUCCACAUAAGGCUGAAUUACUCUAAAACCAAAACAUUUCAAAACCAGGUAGCUAUGAAGCAACAAGUUCGCAUCACCUACCAAAUCCAAGUACUGAAUAGCAAGAAAUAAAAAGUGAAAGAAAUUGUAAAUUUCAUAACACCCACAAAAUAACCAGCGUACAUACACUAAGUGGGCCUCUGUUCCCUUUCUUCCUUGUGCAAUUAUUUACAUCUGUGCAAAGUGGGUGUACGAGUGACCAAGGAGAGAAGGCAACGGAGAAUUGAACCCACUAGUAAACGAAGUACAAAAAGACAUAUUUCAUCCCAAAACAGCAAACUGAUUUCUGAUCAAUUAGAUUAAAAUAUAUUUUAAUUUGAGCACUUGUCUAAAUUUCUUCUGUGUCUAUACCUCUUCAUGUGUGAGAUCAGAACAUUUUUGCCAGCACUGUUCAUUGGUUUCAUCCGUUCACAGUGUCGCCUCAAGACUCUAUUCCACUUAGGGUUAUACAAAGGGAUGGUAUGAUCAAAGGACCCUCACUUCCUUUCACCACUUCUUGCUGUUAGAGCCAAUUGGCAGUGUUACAUCUUGUCCGCUCACACAUUACUUUAUCUGUAAAUAGUUUAGUUAGUGGUGGGUAGGAUACACUGUAGUUUUAUUUGGUAGGUUUUUAGUUUAAUAGUGUGUUUGGGUUUUGCUUUUUCCCCAGUAGAGAACUUUCCUCAUGUCUUCUCAGAAUUUCCCAGGUUUUAAAUGUGUCAUGUGGGACUGUUAAGCCUCUUAAUGACACCCACUCUAAUUGUCUUUACUCCCUGGAUGAGGGAGAUGUUAUGGAAAAAUUUAAGGAUUGUAAGUCCUUAUCCAAAGAGCUGCUAGAUCCAGAGAAAAUAGGCUUAAAACUUUAUCUGUUAGAGAAAUCAGUGAAGCUUGGCUCAGACCUUGAAGAGAGGACAGGACAAUUAUCAGCUAAAAGUGUCUCUGCUGUGGCUUCAGGGGGCUUGAUUACCUAGACACCAGUGAACAUAGUUCCCAGAAAGACUUUAGGGGUCAGUCCCCUAUUAAAACUGCUGAAAAAGGAUGAGGGAGAACGUCCUCCAAUUCUUGUUCUUCAAAGAGAUCUACUCCAAAAAUGAACUCCAGUCUCUCCAGGUCUCAUGAAGAGUGUGCCCCGAAGAUCAUGAAGGUGCUGGUGUCUGAUUCUCAGGCAGUGAGAAAAGGGCUCGCCUCAGCAACGACAGUGCUCUCCUUGGCUCCUCCUCUUUUGUCUCUGGUGCUGUUAGCUCCAAGACAGGAGUACUUGGGGCUGGCUUAUUCAGUGCAGUACUUUUGGGUGCUGAGGUUGCAGACACUGGAGUCCAUGGUGCUGAAAGUUUCAGUGUUGGUGUUUCAGAAGCUGUUGCCCUUGGAACCAACUGUAUCUCAGACCUCAGUACCUGUUCUGCUCUUGGCACAGCAGAAAGGAGUGGCUGAUGUGUACAGCACCAAGGGAGCCACUUCAGGAUCUUUGGGCAUGGAGCCUGGGGCUCCUGUAGGAUCAGCCCCUUCACAGGGAGAUGAAGCAGCACCAUCUGUCUUCCUUUUCUGACAGGGAAGAUGCCUCACCUUCAUACCUUGGUUGCCAUGCUAUGAUCCAUAUAUAUUGGGGAGGCAGACGAGGGUUAAAGGCAAACAAAAGCAGGUUAAGCCAAUUGCUUACCUGGUAUCCAGCCUUCUGGCCAUGUUCUUUAGAUCCAUAUGGUCAGAGCUCUUGGCCUUAUACGCCCCUUUUAACUAUCUACACUCCGCCAGAUACUUUUUAGCAUCUUCUUGCAGCAACAGAUCUUGUUCACCUCACAAACCAUCUGUGCUUCAGCAACUACUUCAGCAGGUCAGGGCCCCUGCUUCCUCCCCACCUUUGGUUCUCAUUGAGGACAUUGCUCAGCAUCAGACUGUUGAUGUUAUUCCAGUACAUACAUUGAAUGAUUCAGCUUUACCAGCUCAGACUUCACUUCAUGAUGAUUAAAAUUGUACCGGUAAUUAUUCAGUGAAUGGCAAAGGUACCUGAAAUCCCGAUUCAGACUGUCCAAGACAAGGGACAUAAAUUGUUGGAGAUUUCAAAUACGUCCCUACCUGAGACUCCUUUUGCUCAUAAACAAGGGUGUUUUAGAACCAGUGCAGUUACUGUGGCAGACCCCAGCAGCUUCUAAAAGGUAGCAGGUCCCAUUAGCUGAGUUUGACUGUUUCUACUGCCAUCUUGAUCUCGGGUCUCUGGACCGAUAAAAACCCUUUAAAAGUAUCCCUAAGAAUAAAGAACCAAAGAAGCUGGAUCUCCUGGGCAUGAAAAGUCAUUCGCCCUUGAGCGUACAGCUUUGUUAGCAAAUUAUCAGGCUCUUCUUUCUCACUGACUAUUUUCAGGGGAUAAAACUGAGGAGUUUCUGGAUAAAUGUCCACCGUACUUUAGAAAGGACUUUAAAUCUCUCAUCUCAAGUCAGUUAAUGGCUAAGCCCUCUGUGCAGGUUACAAUUGGUGCUGCUGAUAUAGCAUCAAGUUCUUUGAGUGCUGGUGUGUCUAUGGGUACACAACGGCUCCAUGCACUUGAGAAUUGGAAGAUUAUUGCAAGAAGUGUCCUUUGGUCCACGUCUGCACUUUUCUACUCCUUGUGCCCCAGAUGAGAGGUAUAAGCGGUGGUGUGGACCGUCCACCUCUCCAUUUCCUUUCUACCGCUGUGUAGUCUGAGACAAAACCCUCCAGUGUCCAUGAAGUUGAUCAUUCGACUUCAUUUCUGUAGGUAUUGUAAAAAAUAAAAUUUUGGUAAUAGCAGUUUAUAGAGUUAGUUUAGUUAGGUAGAUUUUGGGGACUCCCCUGUCUGGGGCUGCUGUCGUCCUGGCGAAGGAUUCAGAUUAUGCCCAGGAUUCCAGGCUUCAAGGAUGGCUUCUCCUGCCCCCAAUCCUUGCUGGUCAGCGAUGACCAUCAGAGGUGUCGGUACUUCUUUGGAGAAGCUCAUAUCUCUGCUAAGUGGAUAUCUGCCAUUCCUUUUGCAUUUGAACCCAGUAAGCUCAGAAAUUCAGACUUAGGAAACAUCUCAUGGAAUAUGCUGUGAGGGCCAAGCCUAAUCUGCCAAUGUACAUGGGGAGGCUGCCUGGCCCAGAAGCAUUGAGGAACAUACCACCCAGCUCUGUAAUCUCUAAGACAGGGGCAAGCAAAGACAAAGCUAAGGAAUCCUUUUCCCAGGCUCACCAUGAGGGUAGAAAGCCUCUCAAAAGCCUAAAGAGAGAUCCCACUCCAGAACAAUGUCCUAAGAUGAGAGCUGUUUCCCUAGCACCUUUCAUGAACGAGUGACUCUUUGUGCCUGGUUCCAAGAGGCUCAAGAGCACAUACGAGUUCUGAUAACCAUCCCACUGGCUCCAAAUAGCUUAAGUACCUGCAUGUUGGCAGAGGCAUGAGCCAAGACUCGGAUAACCGUCCAGAACCCGAUGUACCACUGGUACCAAUGUGAGCGCAUAAGGUAACACCAGCUCCCCAGGGAGAAGACUCUUCAAUCCCUUGAUGACAGCUUCACUCCAGGGGAUAUCGUUGUUCUGGACCCAGGAUCUCCCCUUUUAUUGGACCUGGUCUUUACAAGGGAGAUUCUUACACUGGCAGUCCACAAACACUACUCCUUACUGGACUCAUAGAUCAUCCUUUCAAAUCUUUGGGUUCUUGUUCCCUGUUGUCUUCAUGGACAAAUAUAGCUUUCCUAAUGGCUAUUACAUCAGCAUGUAAGGUGAGUGAGUUGUAAGCAUCUUUGACAGGGCUGCCAUAUAUGAUUUUUUACAAAGACAAGGUUAUUCUCAGACUGCACCCUAAUUUUUUUCUUAAAAUGCUGUCUGAUUUUUCAUUUAAAUAAAUCUGUACAUUUACCAGUGUUCCUUCUGAAACCACACUCAACCAAGGGUGAAGCUGAACUACACAUAUUAGAUGUCAUAUGUGCCUUGUCCUUUUAUUUCACUAAAAAAUCUUCUCCAGUAGGAACAGAGAGGUUAUUUUACCUGUGUAUUUGGCACUGGUGCGACAGCUGCAGAAAAACUGUCUCUACUUCUGGUGUUCACAGUUCAAGAAGGAUAUUAAUAAAUUGGAGAGAGUUCAGAGAAGAGCCAUGAGAAUUAAUAAAGGAUUAGAAAAUGUGCCUGAUAGUGAUAUUCAAGGAGCUCAAUCUACUUUACUUAACAAAUAAAAGGUUGAGGUGACUUGAUUACAGUGAGUUAAUACCUACAUGGGGAACAUUUAAUAAUGGGCUCUCCAGUCUAGCAGUGAAAAGUGUAACAUGACCCAAUGGCUGUAAGCUGAAGCUAGUUAAACUUAGACUGAAAAUAAAAGGUAAAUUUUUAACACUGAGAGAAAUUAAACAUUGGAACUACUUAUUGGUGGCAUGGUGAAUUCUCCAUCAUUGACAACUUUUGAAAUCAAGAUUGGAUGUUUUUUCUAGAAGAUCUGCUCCAAGAAUUUUUCUGGAGGAAAUUCUCUGGCCUAUGUUAGACAGGCAGUCCAAUUAGAUGACCACAAUGGUCCCUUCUGGCUUUGGAAUCUAUGAAUUUAGGUCAUCCCCUUGGCUGUUUGCGUCUGUUGCUGAAAGAUCUAAGAUUCAGGCAAUUUCAACCCAGAGAAUUUCUAGAUGGAUGUCAGGCUGUAUAAAGUUAUGUUAUGAGAUGGCCAGUUUACAGCUAUUUGGGAACAUUAGGGCAUAUUCAACCAGGGCCCAGGCAGCCUCAUUUAGAGGUAUUUGAUAAUUGUAGGGAUGCUACCUGGAGUAAUGUAUGUUCACAAAAUAUUUAUUGUGGAGAUGUCACAUGCUUAUGCUCACUUGGGUGGGGCUCUAUUAAAAUCCAUGUUUAAUUAGACUUGCAGUAGUACCCUCUGCCUCUGUGGUAUACUCCUUGUGACCCACCGGAUGUGGAUCAUAUCUAGACAAGCACACAAAGAAGAAAGGGAAGUUACUUACCUUUUCAGUAACUGGAGUUUUCAAGAUGUUUUCUACGUGUGUUCCACAACCCACCCUCCUUUCCCCACUACUGCCAGACCUAAUACCUUGAACUGGGUAGUGGUGAAAGAUCUGAGGGUCAGUUGGCAUGCCUCCCCCUUUUAUACCCUUGGGGGUGGAAGGAGAUAGGCUUGAGGCUAUGCAGGGAAUGGGUGUGACCAAUGGACACCGCUUGCUAAAGUGUUCCAAUAUCCGGCAUGUGGAGAACAUAUAGACAAUACAUCUCAAAGAAUUCUAGUUAUGGACCAGGUAAGUAACCUCCCUUUGUGGUCUUGAUUUUGAUAACAUAUUUUGUAAGAAAAUGUAGAUAUGUUAGAAAUAUUGUUAAUACAUUUGACAAUUAACAGUAAAAUAUUUUGUACCAUG